UGCCGCUCAGACUCCUAUUCCCUUUCUAGAUGGAAUGUUGGGCCGAGUUCAUGGUCGUCCCUUCUUCCGGUCGCGCCGUUCCUAUUAGCGGCGCUUUGUUUCGGCUUAUUCAUUCCCUCCGGUCACGAAAAUGGCUCGGAUUCAUCCUCCGUGCGAGCCCUCCGCGGCCUUCGAUUUCACCUCCGCGGGGUUCGAUUUCACCUCCGGGAAGCGAAUCGAGCAGAAGCUUCUCGAUUACAAUCAAGAGGCCGAGCGGUUCCGAGAACGCAGCGGAAGUAUUCGUUCGUACCUUUUGCGGAAGCGAUUCACGUUAUAACGCCCGGAUCGUCGAGGUUGAUUCACGUGUCCUUUGAUCGUCCUUGUUUAGAUCUUCUCACGUUCCGAACUCGCGAUGGAU